CGCAGGCGGACGCUCUAGUGGCAGAGGUUGGAAACGGGGAGAGCUCACCGGUCUGUAGCUGACGGUCCAGAUGACGUCAUUCCCGGAUGUUCUCCAGAUUGAGGAGAAGCAGCGGCGGAGGGAGGCCCGGGACAUGGAGGAGGAGGAGGAACGGGAGGUGGUGCGGGUUCGGGUCCGGAAAUGUGAGGGCGUCUUGCAGCCGGAGUCGCGCUCCUUUGCCGUGGACCCCCAGAUCACCUCUCUGGACGUCCUCCAGCACAUCCUGACCCGGGCCUUUGAUCUGAAUGGGAAGAACUUUGGAAUCAGCUACUUGGGCCGGGACAAGCAAGGACAUGAGAUCUACCUUUCCCUGAUGUCCGAAUGGGACUUGGGAACCGCCUUCGCCAGCGCGUCCAAGCCGUACCUGCAGCUGAAGCUAGACAUCAAGCCGUCCGAGGACAGUCCCCUUCUGGAGGACUGGGAUAUCAUCAGCCCCAAGGAUGUCAUCGGCACAGACUUGUUCUUCGUGGAUAAGCGGGCGAUCAGCGCGGCGCUGCCUUUCACGCAGUCCAUCUUGUCCCAGGUGGGUCGUACAAUCUCCAGGAUGCAGCAAGCCCUGAGCUGGACUUAUGGCGAAGACGUAAAGCCUUUCAAGCCGCCGCUGAGCGACGUGGAGUUUCACACCUACCUGAACCACGAGGGUCAGCUAUCCCGACCGGAAGAGCUCCGCCUGCGCAUCUACCACGGCGGUGUUGAGCCUUCACUGAGAAAGGUCGUCUGGAGGUAUCUCUUGAACGUGUACCCAGAUGGUCUGACGGGGCAGGAGCGUAUGGAUUACAUGAAAGCUAAAACCCGGGAGUAUUACCAGCUGAAGAGCGAGUGGCGAGAGCGGUGCAGUCAGGAGGACCUGGAGUUCAUCCAGGGCAACGUCAUGAAGGAUGUCCUGCGCACAGAUCGUACCCAUCCCUAUUAUUCAGGUUCGGAGGACAACCCUCACCUGCAAACCUUGCACGACUUGCUUACCACCUACGCUGUUACCCACCCACAGGUGUCUUACUGCCAGGGCAUGAGUGACAUCGCCUCCCCCAUCCUGGCUGUGAUGGACAAUGAAGCCCAUGCUUUUAUCUGUUUUUGUGGCAUUAUGAAGAGGCUAGAAGGGAACUUUCGCAUGGACGGGGAAUGCAUGUCUGUGAAGUUCGCACAUCUCAAGCUGCUGCUGCGGUACUCUGACCCGGAGUUCAACGCUUAUCUAAUGUCUCGGGGGGCAGAUGACCUCUUCUUCUGCUACCGCUGGCUGCUUCUGGAGCUCAAGAGGGAAUUUGCUUUUGAGGAUGCUCUGAGGAUGCUGGAGGUGAUGUGGAGCUCAUUGCCUCCUGAUCCUCCAGAGAAAGAAGUGGAGCUGAUAGGACCACCGUGUGCACCGGGGGAAUGUCCAAAAAACACCCGGAGGAGGCACAUGAUGCGUCCAGACCGUGGGCUGAGCCCAGAAGGUGAGGAGGAGGCCUCGGCUGCCCAUGUAGAGAGCGAGAAGGAAGAACCAGAGAUGACAAAAGCAGAACCCGAUGGAGCACAAGAAUCAACCCCUGUGAGGUGUCCAAUGAUGAAGCAAGCCAGUUUUGGAGAUUUUAAGUGUUACGGUGAUAAUGAUGGCAGGUCAAGUUUUGUAGCGGAGGAUCUCCCGAUCAACCCUGUCCUCCAGAUUCGCCAGUCUACUGAGGAGGAAGACGACGAAGAACGGUUCUGGGAGCAAGAGCCUCUAAUUAAACCUCCUGACUCGCUGGGGGUCACCGAGUCUCUAUCCGCUCCUUCACUGACGUCUUACACCCCUACUUCUCAAAGCCCCACAUCUCUUACCACGACGGACCCCAGUGAACCAACCUCUGCUGCUAAAGAUGAAGGAGAUUGUCAGCUGGAAGCCGAGCAGACUGCGGCCAGUUCACCAGCUCCAAUCAGCCUACCCCCACCGCAGGAGUUUGGACGCGGGAACCCCUUCAUGCUCUUUUUGUGUCUUUCCAUCUUGUUGGAGCACCGCGAGCAAAUUACGAAACAGAACAUGAGUUACGAUGAGCUGGCCAUGCACUUUAACCGCUUGGUCCGAAGGCACAACUUGAACCGCGUUCUCCACCGCGCCAAAGCCCUCUUUGCGGACUACCUACAGUCUAAAGUGUGGGAUUCAGAGGAAGGCGAUGAAGCAGCUGCAGAAUCUCCUUCCUCCUCCUGACCCUUCCAUCGUCUCGACGGCCAGUCAGUAGCUCCGAAAAUUGCCGGGCAAGACAUUUUGAGCUGCUUUACACGGGGGCUUGUUUGGAAGAUCAAAAUCUGAUCAAAAGUCACACAACAAACAAACAACAGACUUUACGGACUUGACCGUUGUACAACAUUCAGUGGCCUCAAACCUUCCCCAUGAGUUGUUGUUCUUCCCGGCCUCCCAGACCAGUUAUAUAUAUAUAUAUAUAUAUUUCCUGAAUGAAAUCCGUUUUAUAUAACCUAUGGUUUAUUAGUAUGCUGCCCUACGACCAUACACAAAGUCCGAAAUAUUAUAAAGCCCUAGAUUAUUAUAAGGAGGGGUCAGGAGCUGGGACUGCUGUCUGUGGUUUAAGCUCUUGCGUCCGGUCAAUAUCAAUACAUUUUCGGUAACGUUCGUACCCUAGGGAGAUGUAGGAAGUAGUUUUAAAUCCAUAUGGCUGUUCGGUUUUAUGAUGGUAUGAACAGACCAGGGCUUAGUUCAUACCCCUGAAGCCUGAUGACCCCCAUGUCCACUUUCACGGACCUGUGCAGAUCUUCUCUUCAAUGAUGAGGUUAUCUCUUUUCAUUUUAUAAACUGCAUAUAAGGCUGAAGUAUUUCCUGCAAAUAACCCUUUGCUGGAGUCUAGAACGGGGAAGAGGUAUGGGUCCUGGACUCUUUGCACGGUUCCGUAUACAGCAGGAAAGAUUUUGGGGGCUUUGAUGGUCCAGCUGAACAGGGAUAACCCCCAGCAUUGUCUGUUUGAGCUGUACAAGAUGUGAAUUCAGUAGGCAAAAAGCGGUGACGCUUGAAAUCCGUCCUGGCGUCCCGUGUGUGAGAUGGACACCCAUUGAUUUUCCCCCCCCCCCCCCGGAGGUUGCAUUUCUGUAGUGUAAGGUAGCUAUUGACAUCUCCUGCCAAACUAAUCUAGCAGAGGUCCAUCUUUAUACUUCCGUAAUGGAUGCACCUAUGUGCGUCAAGGAUUAGUUUAAUUAGAGGUAAAAUAUAACUUUUAUUCAAUAUUGUGGCCCAAGUACAAAAUUAUUAUAUAUAUGUUUAAAAAAGUGACUGUAUGAGAGGGAAGGGAGCCGUGCAUGCAGGUGUCUGCGUAUAACUAGGGUUGUGCAGGAAAGGCCUUCAUUUAUCAUGCGGGCUUAUUGCUAUGGUCUACAGGGAGUGGCGAGGGAUCUGCCUCCCAUUCAGACCCCCUGAGGUUUCUUUUGCAGGGUCUAUAUACAUAUGGCUCUUGCAGAUCACUUGGCCCGUCUCUCCGCCACAUAUCAGAGGAGCCCUGAGCCCAUCCAGCCUGGAAGCUCGGAUCAUACCCUUCCUUCAACGCGUUUUGCAGGGUGUAAAUAACAAUGGCGCUGACCAGAUUUCACGCU